CAGUGGAUAACAAACGACCACGUCACGACAAAGAUGCGUGCCUACGUGUCAAUGUCCGUAUCUCUCUCUCUCUCUCUCUCUCUCUCUCUCUGAGCUCAUUGAUAGGUGGGGAGUUGGGGCACGUGGAACGAAAGAGGAAACGGCAUGGCCCUGUUUCGAUCACCAGCCUCACCACUCCGUCCCAGUCUCAGACUGAGACGCCUCCUCAACGCAUCAAGAUCCAAGCUUUGUCUUCGUUCCCCAACGGCAAUGGCUAUGGCUUCUUCUUCUUCUUCUUCUGCCUCUGAACAUACCGAACCCAUGCCCGCAUCGGCAAAACUUUUCCACGUCCCUGCACUGAACGCCCUCGAAAUGGAGCGAAUUGCGGACGAGACCAUGCACAGAUACUCCCGCAGUAACAAUGACGCGAAGAGGAAGGGCCGAGGGACGGUGAUCGUGUGGUUCAGGAACGAUCUGAGGGUGUUGGACAACGAGGUUUUGUUCCAGGCCUGGUGUUCCUCUGAGCUCGUCUUGCCCGUUUAUUGCCUUGACCCCCGCCACUUCGCCACCACCCAUUACUUUGGCUUCCCCAAGACUGGCGCUUUGAGGGCACAGUUUCUAAUUGAGUGUUUGGAGGACCUGAAACGGAAUUUGGUAAAGCGGGGUCUUGACUUGCUUAUACGCCAAGGGAAGCCUGAAGAGAUUCUUCCAUCCAUUGCCAGAACAUUCGGAGCACAUGCGGUUUAUGCCCAGAAAGAAACUUGCAGUGAAGAGCUGGAUGUUGAAAGACGGGUUUGCAAAGGUCUGCAGCUAGUAGCAUUAUCUUCCAAAGCUACAUCCAACGAGCUCAGUGGCACGGAUCCUUCGAUUGAUGCCAAGCCACGGCACGCCUCUGGCAUCAGCUUCAAGGAGGACCCACAGUUACAUCUUAUGUGGGGUAGUACUAUGUACCACAUUGAUGACCUUCCGUUUGGUAUCGAUCAUAUACCUGAUGUGUAUACUCAAUUCCGCAAGUCUGUCGAAUCUAAAUGCAGGAUCCGAGAUUGCAUAAAGGUUCCGAAAUAUCUAGGGCCAGCACCUUCCACUAGUGAUUGGGGCUGUAUUCCUACACUUGGGCAGCUUGGGCUUUCCUUAGAUCAGGUCAAAAGAGGGAUGAAGUUUUCUGGGGGUGAAAAUGCAGCAUUGAGCAGAGUACAUGAAUACUUCUGGAAAAGGGAUUUAUUAAGUACUUACAAAAAGACUAGGAAUGGGAUGGUCGGGGCUGAUUACUCAACUAAACUUUCCCCCUGGCUUGCUACAGGAUGCCUUUCUCCCUGUCUUUUAUGUGAAGAGGUGAAAAGAUAUGAAAAGGAAAGGGUGGCAAAUGAUUCAACAUAUUGGGUCUUGUUUGAAUUGAUUUGGAGGGAUUACUUCAGGUUUCUUUCAAUCAAAUAUGGAAAUUCCAUUUUCCAUCUGGGUGGUCCAAGGAAAGUGAAGAGAAACUGGAGCCAAGAUGGGAAACUGUUCAACUGCUGGAAAGAUGGCUGUACAGGGUAUCCUCUAAUAGAUGCAAAUAUGAAGGAACUAUCAACCACUGGAUUUAUGUCGAACAGAGGAAGACAGCAGAUUGUAUGUUCAUUUCUUGUUCGUGACAUGGGUCUUGACUGGCGUAUGGGAGCUGAAUGGUUUGAGACCUGUCUUCUUGAUUAUGAUCCUUGCUCGAACUAUGGAAAUUGGACGUAUGGUGCAGGAGUUGGGAAUGACCCUAGAGAGGAUCGUUAUUUCAGCAUCCCUAAACAAGCACAAACAUAUGAUCCCGAAGGAGAAUAUGUAGCAUUUUGGUUGCCUCAGCUACGAAUGCUUCCGAAAGAUAAACGGCACUUUCCUGGGAGAUUAUAUAUUCAGCAGAUUGUGCCCCUGAAGUUUGGGAAUAAUCCUAGACAACAUGGCACUCAGACCAUUUUGUCUGACAGACAGAGAAAGUCUAGAAGAUAGAUGAAAGGACACUGAAGACAAAAAGAAGAAAGUAACUACCAGGGAAUUAGUGUCUUCUCAAAUUGAUUGACAUCCUGAAGAACUGCAAAAAUGGGGCAGCUGAAUCUGCCGUGAUCUCUUCUCUGCAAUGAGGUUUCAUUCUUAUUCAUAGUAGAAAAAGUGUUGGUUUUUUGAGUCUUCUUCUUAAUAUCUAUCUUCUUCAAUGUUGGACUUAACUUUAAAUACAGCAGAUUAACUAUUGUUGAACUCGGAAAUUUCAAUGAAUUGAAGAGAGUAAUUUGAUAGCGUGGUUGAAAAUGUCUA